AUCCUUUCCAGGCGCCAUAUUGUUGCGACAUUAUUUACAAAUUUAAAUGCCAGCACACGUGUGGUGAUGAGUGCAACUUAGUUCCAGUGAAACUGCAUAGUGCCAAAAUGACCGUUUAUCACGAUGAAAUCGAAAUCGAAGACUUCGAAUAUGAUGAGGAAACAGAGACCUACCACUACCCGUGUCCAUGUGGUGACAGAUUUGAAAUUACUAAGGAGGAGCUAAGUCAAGGAGAAGAUGUAGCAACCUGUCCAAGCUGCUCCCUCAUUGUCAAAGUAAUUUAUGACUUGGAGGACUUCAUGGAGGGAGAAGAGGUGGCGGCCCCAAGUCAGAAAGGACUCCAAGUUGCGUGACAGAAGGCCUCCGGGUUCCUGACUAUUUCAUCAUGUACAGUUUACUUAGGCAGCGUUGGUCUUUUACCCUAACCAUCCCAAAUCCUCCAAAAUCUUUUUUGCAAAUUGGAGGAAUUUACAGGAUUGAGGUUACAUGGCAAAAGUGCAUUGCUGAUCUCGGAGGACGCACUGGUGAAGUUCUUGGGCCAGACCUUGUGUAGUUUAUGCUCAUUCUUAGUCCUUGAUUAUACUUGAAAUCCUCUGCACUGCUCCAGGAUGUCACUGCCUAUGCAUCAACUUAUUGACAGUUGAUAGCCGGAGGAUUUUGCAGGAUUGAGACAGUGGUGACCCCUCUAAGGGCCACAUUCAAGAAAUAACGGAGGAUUUUGCAGGAUUGAGCCCAGCAGAAAUGCCUAGGGAGUUAGUUUAUGGGAACACCAGGUGGAAUACGUGCAUACUUCGGAAUGAAGUUUUUUGUGUUUGGGUUUUAACUGGUUCUCACUAGGCUUGAGCAAGUAUAAACAAGGUACUUUUAAGUUGAAAACACUUGCAAACACAGGGCAUUGCUAGCACCAUUCAUUUGUAUUUAAGGUCACAUUAAGUCAGGGGCUGAACAAUCAGCCACUGGGUACCCGAUCCCUAGAACUAGUCGAUAACACCAGCGCUCGGGUACUCGGGUACCCAGUUCCAAUGCACACUCCUAAUCUUGAUGCCAGGAAGGGAGGGGUAAGAAAACAUUUGAUGGAUGUACCAUAGACAUUUUGAGGGGGGGGGGACAUGAUAAGGUCACCAUUAGUUAAAGAGGUACCACACAACAUUGGUUUCUUUUAGAGUUAAAUUGUUUUGCACAGCUUUUAUUUGUCAACAUGCAUGUACAAUGUAAAUUUGUAUUAUAAUUUGUUUUAAGAAACUUUUAAAAACAUUUUAUUGCUUUAUUUGGCAUUUCUGAAAAAGAUAGCAAUAUGCACAAUUAAGGUUUUUAUUUGUCCAGUGUCGUUCAGUAAAAGUAAUUGAAUAAUUAAUUGUUGAAACAAAUGUCGAGUAAUAUUUCUGUGUAUAUGUAUUGUUCAAUAAAUUAAUGAUGAUGUGUUAACUCAAA